AUGAACGCGCCUGUAACCUUCGAUGCAGAAGACAUCGAGGAAGAUAUGGAAGAUCACAACGACCCCUUGGUCCUUACCUUACCAGUAGCAUGGUGCAAUAUCAAGAAGAUCCUCACUGAUGGAGGGAGUUCAGUUAACGUUCUAUUCUACGACACAUUCAAGCGAAUGGAGCUUAACGAUGAGCAGCUGAUGUCUUCGUAUUAUACCAUCUACGGUUUCAAUGGGGCACCUACAAAGCCGUUAGGAGACAUUGUUUGGAAAGUGGACGCAGGACCAAUGAAAGUUGAUACUCGGUUCAGUGUAGUGGACGCUCCUUCCCCUAUAACGCCAUCAUUGGCCGAAGGUGGGUGCAGAAGCUCAAGGGAGUAG